GCUCCAAUAAAUGCAUCGAUGUCAUGCAUGAGCACUAUAAAUGAAUUCCUAUCUACUCCAGAAGUUAAUUCGUGUUUCCCAUACACGAAAACUAUCUUACCGGCACUUACCAAUUCCUCACAAGAUCCCAUAGCGAUUUUAGACUCCAUCUGCUCCUUGCCAAAAUGUAGUGACUCCCUGAUCUCGUCAUUUUUAAGUACCGUAAAAAAGGGCUGUGCGCAGGACCUCGCCCAAAACAACACUGACAUCGUUACGUUAACCGAGUUAAUUCCACUAUAUUCACCAACCCGUGAUUCAAUAUGUUUCAAGGGUCCCUCAGGAGGAUACUGCUUAACUGAUGAUUCUGUGCUGGUGCAGAAAUAUGGAGUAAAUACAAAUUCCAGCGACCCGCUCAGCAAUGUUCCUGCGUCAGAUUUUUGUACUAACUGUAACAAGGCGAUUGUGAAUACGUAUUUGAAUUUUAUAAAAACUAAUCCUGGAGUCAUUGAUCCUUUACUAAGUCCAGUUCAAGUGACCGGAUUAAAGGCAAUAAUGACCGAUAAAUGCGGUUCUUCCUUCUUAGAUGGAAAGAUUCCAGAUACCACAUCAAAAACAACUUAUUCAAAUUCACCCCAAAAGUCCAAUAAUGGUUCCUCUUUCAGAUUUUCCAGCGUUAAUUAUUUUAUAUCGAUCGCUACAAUAUUGGCUUUGUUGAUAUUCUAUUAG